AUGCAAUAUCGAUGGUAAGUAUUGACAUUCUUUAUAUAUACUGACCAGAUAAUAUUGGAGGAAAGGUGGAAAAAAGGAAAUUCAAAGUUGCCGUUACUCCAAAACUCGAAUCGUGAAUCGACGCUAGAGACGCUGAAACCGCCAACUUUAGAUGGGGAGGUAAAAGAAUAGUAGAGCCAGGAGAGAGAGCACACAGCGCGCGGAAGCGAAAGGGGCGCGAUUGGCGGCGCCUCCGGAAUCUAGCUCCUCCCUUUGAACUGAGCGAGUAACCAAUGGACGGCUCGCGGAGGGGGGAUCCGGGCCGGUUGCGCGUGAAUUGGUUGGACGUGGAGAGGACCCAAUGGAGUGGCUGUUGAAGUAUACGCCCUUGGUCGUCGCCGGGGUCUUGGGCUUGGUAUAGGGUGAAGUGCCAUGCUUCAAAGAUUUGCCGAGGAGCUCUUGGAGAGGCAUUUGAGGAAGUGGCUGCUGCUGGGUGAGUGCGACACAAGUGAGUUGAGUGAUUGAACUGACCUGUGAUCCCAUCAUCCUCUUCAGGCUUGUUGAUCAACAUUAAGCAAGCAAGACUCUCUCUCUCUCUCUUUCAUCGUUCUCCAGACUCUCACGCGCUCUCAUCUCUCUAGCUCUCUUCGUCGUCUUCUCGCCCGUUUUUUGACCACCUUCGCCACCGGUUCUCUGAGCGCCCUCAAACUCUUCGAGCGACUUCUUCAUCGGCCUCUCGUCUCUGCGCGCUACCGUGUGUUGUUUUUUCUCUCUCUCUCUCCUGGCCGGCCUGAGAGCUAUCCCGACACUUUGCGGUCGAGUGUCUCUUCGCAUUAAGUAAAAAAAAGAAGAAGAAGAAGGAAAAAGAGUGAAGAAGAAUCAGAACAAAAAUCAAGAACCUCUUGGUAAUCGAGUUCAUGUGUGUCGGUGAACGAUUGUGUCGAUUGAUGAGAGAUUGGCAAAAACAUCCUUGACCGUGGCUCAAGAGAUUCUCGACUUCAUCAUAUCAUCACUCAUCUUCUGUAAUCGUCCUUGAUUUCGGCCGAGAGAGCCACUCCGCUUAGCUAGCCACGCACUUCUUCUCGCUUCCACCCAGAGUGUUUUCAUUGCCCAAUCCAUUCGCAUCGUUAUAUCCAUGCCGCUGAUUUGACUCGAAACCUCCAACGUGGUAAACUCUUCCGUCUUUUCGUGAAAUUCUAAUUUUAACUCCCUCCCGAAAAAAAAAAAAAAACUAUUCAACAUCACCAGUGGGUUUAGCAGUAAAUUCUACAUAUUGCACCGCACUGGAGCAGGUUUGAAAUCCCAACGCCAAUGUCAUGUCCGUGAGUCCCAAGUACCGAACAAAUUUCUCAGUCACUGACAUUUUGAGCCCACUGGAUGAAACCGUAGCUCUGCCUCCUCGUCCAUUGAAACCUUAUUCAAUCGGUGAAGAUUCGCAAAACUCGGAUCUCCAACAGCUACAACAACCCAACGGCACCGGAACCGAAUCCUACCUGCUGCUAAAUUCGAUCAGUAACUUGACGGACGGCAGUAAUAACAACAAAUCAAUGAGUGUGCCAGUUUCAACUCCGUUCGGCGUCCAUCAAUUGGGAAUGCAUUCUUCCCAUCCGCCUCCACCGCCGCCGCAUUCGGGCGGCGGUCACAUUCCGGCCACGACGUCAGCUUUUACCACGACAUCCGGGUCUCAGUACACUAAUGGAGCAUCGGAAUUUUCCGCUUCGGCCUACGGAGUGUCUGGUGACGUCCGUGCCCCAACGGCUCCUUGGUACAGCACCAGCAGCGGGGAUCCGCGGUUCGCAACCGAUUACACCCUUUCCACCGUGAGUCGUCUUAUGAGUUCGACUGCGCCAUCCGUCAACAUGAACAUGGCCGGAAUGAACAUGACCGGUAUGAACAUGACGGGCAUGAAUAUGAACAUGUCCAUGUCGGGAAUCAGCGCGGCCUGCGGAAUGACCAGCGAGCCCAAGCAGUGCGGCGUGCAAUUUCCGCUUCACGCGCAGAGACGCAAACGGCGAGUUCUCUUCACGCAAGCCCAGGUUUACGAAUUGGAGAGGCGCUUCAAGCAGCAAAAAUAUCUAUCGGCUCCUGAGCGAGAACAUCUGGCCGGACUCAUCCAUUUGACUCCUACUCAGGUGAAAAUUUGGUUCCAAAAUCAUCGCUACAAAUGCAAGAGGCAGGCGAAAGAAAAGGCAAUGGCUGAUAUUGGAUCUCAACAUCAACAGAACUCGCCCAAAAGAGUAUCGGUUCCGUCACUGGUCAACAAGGAUUGCAAGGCGGAAAACGGAUCGGCUUUGGUCAGCAGCAGCAACAACGGAGGUGGGCCCAUCGGGGCUUCGUCGGCCGGCGGCGGCGACAAUUCCUGCAGCACAACUCUCGGGACUCAGCCGUCGCCGUCUUCGGUUGGUUGCCGCGAUGACGAUUGCACGCCGAGUCCAGGACCGACCUCCUCGGGUCUUAUGGGCGUCGCUCCUCCAAGUCAUCACUCUCAUCAUCCCCAUCACCCACAUCAUCACCUAGCGGCUCACCUGUCCCAGUCGCAAGUAGGUCUGCAUCACGCCGCAGCCGCAGCUGCCGCUGCCGAGCACCACCCAAGCACUUCGGCCAUGUAUCUGACCAGCCAGGCUCUCGGCUCGCUCGGCUUUCAUCGCCAGGCAUUGAUGGACACUCAGUCGUCGUCGCUGCAUCCCUAUCAUCCCCACCACCACCAUCACCAUCAUCACCAGCACGCCCAAAUGCAACAGGCUCAACAGCAGCAAAACAGUUUGAGUGCGUACCUACCGCUGCACAAUGGACGUUGGUAAAGACGAUUUCUGUUAAAUGAUAUAUCUAUUAAAAAUCUCCUUUUCACACCUUUUCGUUUUAAUUUAAAUCUCCACUCCCGCAUUAUAUUCGUGUGUUCAUUAUUAUUCGGUGUUUGCUCCGUCUCUAACUCAUUUUUUAAUCGACUGUCUCACUUACUCUCUCUCUCUCUUUCUCUCUCUAUUCGAUCCCGUUAUUUUUUUCCGAUUUACUGUGGCGUUUUUGAUUCGAUUUCAAUUUUCAUUCAGUAUAUAUGAUGUCAUUUUUCUUCACAAAUCUUUUGGAAUCAGUGGUCCGAAUUAUCCCCUAUAUGCGUAUCGUCAAACUUGUUCAUCCUCUUCUAGUUCUCUAUUUACAUCUUUUAGUAGACUACUCGUUGGUAUAAGCUGUUUGCUGUUGUUUCAACUUAUUCCCCCCUCCAGUUUGCCGAACACGAUGGCUUUAUAUAAAAUCAAUCUCUCCAUCCCUUCAUCUCCCGUGCAUUCCCCACGUUUUUUUUCUCUCCCUCCAAUCCGUUGACAAACACGUCAUCACUAUGUUACAUAAAUAUGCUAACUUUGAAAUACACACAUCAUUUUACCCCGGCA